GUGUGACCGCUCUCGCCGCCGCGGUCCGCCCCGCUCACAAGGUGCCCGAGCCGCAGAGCGAGCAGCAGCGCCGCGUCCCCGCCCCGCCAUGCCCAACUUCGCCGGCACUUGGAAGAUGCGCAGCAGCGAGAACUUCGACGAGCUCCUCAAGGCGCUGGGUGUCAAUGCCAUGCUGAGGAAGGUGGCGGUGGCCGCCGCCUCCAAGCCCCACGUGGAGAUCCGCCAGGACGGGGACCAGUUCUACAUCAAGACUUCCACCACAGUCCGCACCACCGAGAUCAACUUCAAAAUCGGCGAGAGCUUCGAGGAGGAGACGGUGGACGGGCGAAAGUGCAGGAGUUUGGCCACUUGGGAGAAUGAAAACAAGAUCUACUGCAAACAAACUCUCAUUGAGGGGGAUGGCCCUAAAACAUACUGGACUCGAGAAUUAGCUAAUGAUGAGCUGAUUUUGACCUUUGGUGCUGAUGAUGUUGUGUGCACAAGAAUUUAUGUAAGAGAGUAAGAACAUCAAUUUGCUCGUCAUCUGGGAUGAAGUGGAGGAUUAAGAGGCAGCCAUUGUGAAAAGCCCCAGAAUAAUGAGUAUCUGUGUGUACUGUUACUAAUGCGGUGUUGUAUGUGACCGUGCGUGCUAUAUCUGAAUCCAUAUCCUCUGUUAAGUGUAUUUUGCUUUUAUUUUUCAUCGCAGACAAUGUUCCUUCUCACUUUUAUGCCAUCGUUUUUCACAUCUGCCUUGUAUUUUGUAGUUGUCCCUUGGUAUGGUUUCAUCAAUUAUUAAAUUUAUUGGGCAUAACUCACAA